UCACCUGAAUCAUGGCCUGCCUCAAACUCAGCUUAACAAUGUUGCUGAUAGCGACAUGUUUCCAUUUCAAAGCAGUUUCUGCUGAGCGUGCAACCACCUGUGAUGACAGAGAAAACGUUCAUCUCCUAACCUGUGCAACUGGAGUGAUCAGCAUCCAGGAUGGUUUGUACGGCCGUACAAACUCAGAAACCUGCAAAGAGGGUCGACCUCCACAGCAGCUUGCUAACACAGCAUGCUCUCAGGCGGGCGCUGUGGACGUCCUCAAGACAAGAUGUAAUGGCAAGAAAAGCUGUGAACUGAACAUGGCUGUUUUCCGUACUUCUGAUCCCUGCAAUGGCAUCUACAAAUAUUUGGACACCAACUUCACUUGUGAACCAGAGAACAUCGUCAUGGCAUGUGAGGACUCUUUGGCACAUUUGUCUUGUGAUGUAGGAAAAGUUAUUUUGGUCCACGAGUCCAACUUUGGACGCCGUGACAAGACCACAUGCUCCUACAAAAGACCUGCAUCUCAGGUCCAAAACGACAAAUGCUUGAGCUCUUCGACAGCCGUUGAAAACAGUUGCAAUGGGAAAAACAGCUGCAUGAUCAGAGCGAGCAACGCGGUAUUUGGAGGCACCUGUGGGGGUACCUAUAAGUACCUGGAGGUUAAUUACACAUGUGAAGCAUCUGGAGUGAUCAGUAUCAAGGGGGGUUUGUACGGCCGCGCAGACCCAGAAAUGUGCAAAGAGGGUCGACCUCCACAGCAGCUUGCUAACACAGCAUGCUCUCAGGCGGGCGCUGUGGACGUCCUCAAGUCAAGAUGUAAUGGCAAGAAAAGCUGUGAAAUGAACAUCAAUGAUUUCAAAACUUCUGACCCCUGCCCGGGCAUCUAUAAAUACUUGGAGACCAACUUUACCUGCUUGCCAACACCUCGUGUCGUGGCAUGUCAGAACUCUUUGGCAUAUUUGUCUUGUGAUGCAGGAAAAGUUAUAGCUGUCCAGGAGUCGAACUUUGGACGCCGUGACCAGACCACGUGCAUAUACAAUAGACCUUCAUCUCAGGUCCAAAAUGACCAAUGCACGAGCUCUUCGUCAGACGUGAAAAACAGUUGCAAUGGGAAAAACAGCUGCACCAUCAGUGCAAGCGGAAGUGUCUUCGGAGACCCCUGUGGGGGCGUCUACAAGUACCUGGAGGUGGUUUACGUGUGUGAAAAUCGUCAGAGCUUCAGUGAUGCCCGGUGCCACGUAAUGAAGCCUAAAUGUGCAAAGGCUCCUGGCCUGUAGGAUUGAGGGGGCCCUCCCCUACAUUUUUACGUAAUGUCACGCUGCCUUCAGCAUGUCAAACCUCGAU